ACUAACGUUUACGGAAUGGGUGAUAUUAAAUUAUUGUAAUUUAUUUUAUAUUUGCAUGUGAUUUACUUAAUAGCUUUUUGUUAUAAGCAUACCUUUUCCGAUAAAUUCAUUAUAUCCCCUUUCUAAUAGAUGAGUUAGAAAGGGUGACACAAAAAUAUUAAAUAACAAAAAAAUGUAUACCACUGUAGUAGGAGCGCCCCCGUUUCAAAACCACACCAUGGCUCAAAUGAAGAUUGGAUUAAAACGAGCGUAUCCGGCUAGCAUGGAGGACUGCAGGAAGAGACAUCAGACAGGCACUAAAGUUUCGAAAAUUGCCCACUUAUUUCAAGGUAUGCCGUCGAGGGACGAGGAAGACAUGCGCGGCGCCGAGAUGACGGUCGUCCGGACCGAGAGCCAUCUGUCUCGGUUCAAUACCGCGCGAGCUCUUUUUGAAAAACUGGGCGAAGAGAACCGCGGCUUCCGCAUCGAGAAGUCGCCAUCGGCCGCAGCCAGUUUUGCUGGCACGCGCGGCGGAGCACCCUCACUGCCCUCGCGCUCACGCUCCAGCUCCGCGGGCUCCGUCAGCCCGCCGCGGCGCACUAUCACGCCUUCGCCCGUCGCGCCUCCCGCACUUAACGGCGACCGCCUCCCCAAUGGCUCCUCGCAGCCCGUACCCCCGCCGAAACCGGCCAAGCCCAGUGUUUUGCCAAAACCUGAGAAACCUGAUAGGCGUUUUAAUAAAGAACUCAUAGAGAAACAAAGAAACUGGACUUCUCAUUUUAGUAAACCGCGUCCGUCGUCGCGGUAUGAGACACAUGAACCUAGUGCGCGAGUGGACUCUAAAUAUCCUAGUGGUGUACCGGAAACAAAGUCACCGGAAGUUACCGAAAGAAGUGUUAUUCCCUCUCGUGUAUACUCGCCCCCUCUAUCGCCAUGCACCGGGGACUCUCAAGCGGAGCGUCCUACGACUCUCCCUUCUAGUUUAGUUCAUAGAGGUGCGUCAGGUGUGAAAUCUCCUAGUCCUGUGAAAACGAUUGCGCCCGUAUCGCCAUCUACUAUAUCCAAUAAUAUUAUGUCUCCCACCUUUAGAUCAGAUGUAAGAAGUGAUAAUUUAAGUUCUUCCUCUAAAGAAAGUGUUGACGCAGGUUCUCAGCAAAUAGGUUCGUCUGAAAUUGUUUAUCCUAAAACUCGUUCGACGCGAACUUCGGUAUCUGCCAGUGAUGAGGCUAUCGCGGAUAAGGAUUCCGCGUCAGACAGAAGUCCUAGUUUGCAAUCUUCUGAUUCGUCAUCGAGGUCCGCGCAAAGAUCGUCCCACUCGCCUUCGAAAUCCGCCGAGAGGUCAUCCCAUUCACCCGUCUCUCCGUCUGCAAGCCCUGCCGCAACAGCCCCGGCUUAUUCUCCUAGGUAUCCAAAAUCGCCCCCUUCACCACCCAUUCGAUCUCCGAAAUCACCUCCUCCAUUGCCACACGAAAAUGCUAAAAUCACAGCGAGUGAUCUAACAGAAAAUCGAGUAUCCGAAGAAAGAGAAGAAUUUAAACAGGAAGAUAGAACUGAUGGAGAAGUUCCUGAUAUCUUAUCACGAGCGCCUUCUUUGCCGAGCCUUAGAUUACCGGUUUCACCUCCCCCUCAAGAAGACGAUGAAAAGUUAAAGUACGAAAGAGACUCGACCGCUCCACAAAGUCCGGAACCCUACGAUAGCGUAGCAGAUUCACCAAAGUUACUUGAUAAAAGCCUGGACGAGGAUGGCUACGAGCACAUAGAGUACAGUGUCAUGAGGGACGAGAAGAGCAACCGGCGCUCGUCGACGCCGGAGUCGCCGGCGGGCGCUCCCCCCGCGACCGCGGCGCGCUCCCCGCUGGCGUCACCGCUCGCCUCGCCGAUGCAUCGGGAGUACUCUUCGCCCACCGUGUUGUCUUCACCCGUACCCCGUAUCGAUUUAAGAUCUAGGAUCAAGUUAAAGGUUUUCAUCGUCGUGGGAAGUAAAUAUCCUUUAUCAUUAUGCAGCACCUUAGCCAAAAUACGGCGUAUAGAGUUGAAAGUGCGCGUGAGUGUGCACGGCUUGGCUAGAGACCGCAAGACAUGGCGCAGUGAUGUUGCGGGCGGCGCGCGCGCUCGUCGCAUGCGCCUCAAUAUGCGCCUAUGCGGCUGCUGCCUCGCGGUCGGAGAUCGCAAGUCAUCGGAAGCGGAGGAAAGCGGGCGGCGCGGCGGCUCGCGCGCGUCCAGCGUGUCGGACGAAGGCGGCUUCAACGAGCCCUCGCCGGAGGUGGUGGCGCGUCUGCGCCCUGCCGACUACCGCGAGCCGUCCGCGCCCGCGCCCACGCCGCUCACGAGCGACCACCGCGACGCCGAGCGUGCGCGCUCCGACCCCGACACGCUGUCGGUACUGCAGCAGGAUUCGGGAGUAGUAGUGAGUGAAGCUAGUCAAGGCUCCAUAGAAGUGCUCGACAAAUCGACCACUAGCCAAUGGAGCGUAUCGGAAACGGAGCCGUCGGGUGACCGCGUCGCUGAAGCGGGCGCGGAGGCGGAGGCGGAGGCGGACGGCCGCUGGGAUGACCCCGACGCGGGCAAGCAGCCCGACAGUAUGACGCCCGACGAGGCUGAAAUCUUGCUUAGCUCUAGUAUUCUGGAGAAAAAACUUAGACAAGAGGCGCUGCUGUCGGACGAGCAGGCGCAGGAGAUCGUGGCGAUGCUGUCGCCGCACCCGCCGCAGGACAACGGCGUCUCGCUCAACGACAGCUACCAGUCCGUGCUCUCGUACGAGAGCAUGCAGUCAGUGGACGAGAGUUACGAGUUCGUGUCGCUAGAGGGCGAGGCAGCCUUAGCCGGCGGCGACCGCAAGACCUCCCCGCCGGAGCCCACCGUGUUCGACCACUACCCGCCGCAGGCGCUGCGCGAGCUGGGCGAGGACAACGGCAUACACUACUUCGAGGACGGACACUUUUAUACAGAGGUGGCUGGUCUUCCGCCUAUGGAAGAAGAUGAGGACGAUGAAUAUUACACACCGCCUGUAUUUGUUAAGAUGAAUAGAAAAGUUAAAUUCAGUACGAACCCGAUGCAAGUGUUCUCCACGCACUCGGUGCGCGAGUACGACCGCCGCAACGAGGACGUGGACCCGGUGGCCGCGUCCGCCGAGUACGAGCUCGAGAAACGCGUAGAGAAGAUGCACGUGUUCCCGGUCGACCUGCUGAAGGGGGCUGACGGGCUGGGCCUCUCAAUCAUUGGAAUGGGUGUCGGCGCCGAUGCGGGCUUAGAAAAAUUGGGCAUAUUCGUUAAAACUAUCACUGAGAGCGGAGCCGCCGCACGCGACGGACGCAUACAAGUCAACGACCAGAUCAUCGAGGUCGACGGCAAGAGUCUGGUAGGUGUGACCCAAGCCUACGCCGCGUCAGUGCUACGAAAUACGUCCGGACCAGUGAAGUUCCUCAUCGGUCGCGAGAAGGACCCUGAAAACAGCGAAGUGGCCCAUCUCAUACGGCAAUCUUUGGCAGCCGAUAAAGAGAGGGAGGACAGGGCGGGUCGCGAGCGUGCGCGGCGGCAGGCGGAGCGCGAGUCGCCGCCGCCCGCGCCGCCCGCCGAGCCGCCCGCGCCCGUCACCAGCAUCCCGGAAGUGUCCGAGCUGCGCGCCCUGCUGCAAGAGGUGGUGGGCAUGGAGGCGGGCGGCGCGCCGACGGCGGCGGUGGCGGCGCGCGUGCGCGAGUGGUGCGCGGCGCGCGCGCCCGACGACGCGCUGCGGGACGACCUCGCGCUCGCCGCCGACACCGCGCAGCGCGCGCAGCGCAAGUACGACAAGGCCCGGCGAGCGCUCCGCGAGUGGCGGCGCACGCGCGCCAUGGUGCGCGCGCGCGAGGAGUGGUGGAGCAGCAACGCGCGCGACGCGCACCGCGAGUAUGCGUGCGCGCUGUCCGUGCUGCACGAGCGCGUCGCGCGCCUCGAGGUGCUGCUGCUGGAAACGCAGAAGAAAGCCGGGCUACCGGUGAUGCUGCCGCACGAGCCGUCCGCGCGCCGCGAGACGCCGCCCCUGCCGCGCCGCCCCGACCCCGACCCGCUGCUCAUCAACGACCCCUGGAGCUCCGACAGCGACCUGUCCGACUUGUCGCCCAUAGAGGACGAGUACGCGAAGGUGGACAAGUCCGCGCGGCGGGAGCGAGAGGCGCGCGAGCGGGAAGCGCCGGACCUCGGUGACGUCACCGUGUCGGAACCUGAGGCUAAGGUCGUGGACGCCCGGCCGGUGAACAGCGUGGCUCCGACAGUGCAGCCCGCAGUCCCGGCGCCCGUGCCGAUCUACGCCACGCCGCCGCACACGCCGCACAUGACGCCGCCCGCGCUCCAGGCCCCGCCCGUCACCACCGCGGAUACGACCGUGGCUCCGACAGUGCAGCCCGCAGUCCCGGCGCCCGUGCCGAUCUACGCCACGCCGCCGCACACGCCGCACAUGACGCCGCCCGCGCUCCAGGCCCCGCCCGUCACCACCGCGGAUACGACCGUGGCUCCCACAGUGCAGCCCGCAGUCCCGGCGCCCGUGCCGAUCUACGCCACGCCGCCGCACACGCCGCACAUGACGCCGCCCGCGCUCCAGGCCCCGCCCGUCACCACCGCGGAUACGACCGUGGCUCCCACAGUGCAGCCCGCAGUCCCGGCGCCCGUGCCGAUCUACGCCACGCCGCCGCACACGCCGCACAUGACGCCGCCCGCGCUCCAGGCCCCGCCCGUCACCACCGCGGAUACGACCGUGGCUCCCACAGUGCAGCCCGCAGUCCCGGCGCCCGUGCCGAUCUACGCCACGCCGCCGCACACGCCGCACAUGACGCCGCCCGCGCUCCAGGCCCCGCCCGUCACCACCGCGGAUACGACCGUGGCUCCCACAGUGCAGCCCGCAGUCCCGGCGCCCGUGCCGAUCUACGCCACGCCGCCGCACACGCCGCACAUGACGCCGCCCGCGCUCCAGGCCCCGCCCGUCACCACCGCGGAUACGACCGUGGCUCCCACAGUGCAGCCCGCAGUCCCGGCGCCCGUGCCGAUCUACGCCACGCCGCCGCACACGCCGCACAUGACGCCGCCCGCGCUCCAGGCCCCGCCCGUCACCACCGCGGAUACGACCGUGGCUCCCACAGUGCAGCCCGCAGUCCCGGCGCCCGUGCCGAUCUACGCCACGCCGCCGCACACGCCGCACAUGACGCCGCCCGCGCUCCAGGCCCCGCCCGUCACCACCGCGGAUACGACCGUGGCUCCCACAGUGCAGCCCGCAGUCCCGGCGCCCGUGCCGAUCUACGCCACGCCGCCGCACACGCCGCACAUGACGCCGCCCGCGCUCCAGGCCCCGCCCGUCACCACCGCGGAUACGACCGUGGCUCCCACAGUGCAGCCCGCAGUCCCGGCGCCCGUGCCGAUCUACGCCACGCCGCCGCACACGCCGCACAUGACGCCGCCCGCGCUCCAGGCCCCGCCCGUCACCACCGCGGAUACGACACUGUACGUGAACGCCUGGCUGGUGAACAGCGUGGCUCCCACAGUGCAGCCCGCAGUCCCGGCGCCCGUGCCGAUCUACGCCACGCCGCCGCACACGCCGCACAUGACGCCGCCCGCGCUCCAGGCCCCGCCCGUCACCACCGCGGAUACGACCGCUCCCACACCAGCUGCACCGGCACCGGCACCGGUGGCGUUGGCGAGCGGUGGCGCAUCCCUGGAGCUGGACGCGGCCGUGCCCCGCGGGGGGCCGCUGCUGGACACGUCGGCGCACCGCGCGCGCACCGACCUGGCGCGCCACCGCCACCACGCGCCACACUCGCCGCACUCGCUCAGCAACGCCAGCUCCUAUGACGGAUUAGACGACUCGUAUAACGACUCCGCGGACGAAUCUCUUAGUGAAUCCACAUCGGGAGCGCCUACACACACAGGAGCACCCUCUCAACGAGAGAGGCAAAGCUGUGGUAGCUCUGUGGGGAGCGCGACUGACGACGCGGUAUAUUCAAGAGACCACCGGCAUCACCAACUGACAGGUCCGGCCGCGUCGCUGGCGGAGCAGCUGAAGCAGGUGCUGGCGGAGCGCGAGCGACGCCUCGCCACCGCGGGCCCCGCGCCGCCGCCCGACCCCGUGCAGCUCACCAACGACCUCGUCGACGAGAUCCGCCAGGCCGUCAGCGAGGCCAACGCCAGAGUGAAGAAAGCUCCGGCUUGCGUAGUCGGCGGCGAGGUGCCGUGGCAGCCGCUGUCCAGCGCCGUGUCCGAGGCGAGCCUGUCGCCCGCGCCGCUGUCGCCGCACCCCGUCACGCACUGGAGCAAGCAGCAGGUAUGGCAGUGGGUGUCGGGCCUAGGCGAGGGCCUGGAGCGGCACGCGAGCGCGUUCGCGGCGCGCGGCGUGGACGGCGCGCUGCUGCUGGCGCUCAGCUCCGCCGACCUCAAGCUGCUCGGGCUCGGCGGCGACGACCGCCGCCGCAUGAAGCGCCGCCUCAAGGAGCUGCGCCAGGCGCACGAGAAACACCUCAAGGCCCUCAAGAAGGCGGAGAAGAAGGCCAAGAAGAAAUAGGCCAGUCGUCCAGGGUCAGUCGCGUACACGCUUUAACACUCUUCUACUGUAAUGGUUGCAUUUAUUGCGAGGCACACAAAAGGUAUAGUAUUUGUCUCUUUCUCACAUGGAUGCUUUAUGUUUUAUGAUGUAAUAAAUGUGACCGUAAUAUGUCUUCUGUUAUAGUAAAUAAACCACUAAUAUAAGUUACUUGAGCAGUAGAUAAUCUUACGUCGAAAGUAAGAUCGGCUGUUCACUUGAUUAGGAAUAACGUCGUUGUAACUUAAAAAAGUGGUACUAGAUCUCUUAUAUUUUCUCUCUUCAAUUCCAUUGGUUAAAAAUGAAGAAGUAUUACGUUUACUUAGUGGAUUCUUGUUAACGCUAUUAAACCUUAGUGCAUCUGCUGUGAACAUAAAGACUUAUUGUUAAAAACAACGAACACUUAUGCGCACGAGAUAACAUCAUAAAAACAACAUUACGACAAAUGUAAUUCUUCUUUAGCUCUAUUUACUGUAUGAUUUUCUUUUACUGAACUAAUUUAUUGUGGCAACUGGGCGACUGGCUCUGAAGACUGGCGGGUCGGGGUGAAGCAAAAGCUGUGUCCGAUAGCAUAGAGAGUGCCAUCUGACUUAUAGCUUAGAGUUUAAUGAGGGUAGGGUAGAGUCGAACGAAGAAAUACUAAUAAUCGAAAUUUAGAUGUAAGUGAAUACGAAACAGGACAAGUAGAAAGCAUUUAUCUAGACUGUCUAACCUAACUUAUCUCUGUAUGUUUUUAUUCAACGUCAGUUCUUUCCUACAACUUAAUUCUUUUAUCGUUCCUACGCGGUAUUAUUUGUGUCAGUUUUCUUCAAGUUUGUUGUGAAGUAUGGAAAUGCUGGAAAUCACUGGCUCAAUCUAGUCAUAAGAUCAAUCGUAAACUGCUCGAAAGUCUGCUAAUUUUCUUCUAAGAUUUUUGAAAUACAUGUAUAAGAUAAACUAUGUAAUGUUCAAUUUGUAUCUAUUCAUGAAUUGUCAAUGAAAUUGUAUAUUAUCGCAGUAACAACUAUAGGUUUGUAAUCUUUGCAAGGUUCUAUUUUUCAGACAGAAACUGGUUAUUUUCGGCAUGAAUUUGAAAAUAAAUAACUUUGCACAAAAUGUACUUAGUAUUGUAUAGCGACUGGUCGUUAGAGCGACGUUGCUGCUGUGUUAGUAAGAUAUUUAAAUUACAUAGAUUACAUUUGACAUUCAUCGAGCAUGUGAUCUCAUCUCAUUCAAGUUGUUACUUAUGUCUUUCAACCACACUGCAUUUUUUUAUUCAUUGCGCAAUCAAAUAAAAUGAUUAUCAUAUGAAAUCGUAAUGAUGAUUAUUAUAACUUAUAUUCAUUGAAAUAAAUACAUUCCAGUGAAAUUUUCUCUUGAUAUUUCUGUACGAGUUAUCAAAAUAUAAGUCUGGCUUUAUAGUUUUCUUAGGCAAGUUUAAUAAUGGCUGAGACUGCAUCCACUCACAACAACUGUUUAUAGGAGCUUGUACAAAUGUGAAAACUUGCCCACGGUGAGGGAGCAGCCUCGGCCGCAUAGUGUAUUCAAUUAUUCACGUGUGUAUGUUCGGUUCUGUAGCCACCUGUAUCGUUCGUGUAAAUAAGCCGGGUGCGAGCGCGGCGACUGGCGGCGUGCUUCAUAACUGUAUGACUGAAUGUACAUUGUGCAUUUAGGAUAUUUAUUUUAAUUAAGAAAUAACGAAUAAUAUAAGUAGGAAGUCCAUUAACAAUUGCCAAAAUUGAUCAGUACUGUUUAUAAUUGUUGAUUUUUUUAAUUUAAAUUUUCCUUAAAUUAUUUAAUAUUUAUUUUGGGACCAAAUUAAUUUAUUGUGUCUUACAGUUUAUUAUUUAUGUAUUUGGGUGUGCGGUUGGGAGAGAUUUUUUUAUUUAUAAUUAAAUAAACAAACCAAAGUCUACAUCAUAUUGUUUUUUACUAUCAAUUAUGAUCAAUGUGAACAUCAUGUACAUUUCCUAAAAUGAUGGUGAAAAUAUAGUCUGCAGUGGUAA